AUGAGUGGAAAAGUGAAGACUUCAGCGCUUUUGGUUCAAACACUUGCGACAUUCAGCAUCGCAUAUCUCACCGGACUCACUGGCUUCAUUUAUGCUUGGCCGUCAUACACUUAUGAGACCUUCACAACGAACAAGACAGUGUUAUCUGCCCCUCUCACUCCAACACAAAUGUCUGUAUUGGGGAGCUUGACAAACAUUGGGGGACUGAUAGGAACCCCCCUAUGUGCCUUGGUAAUUGAUAGAAUCGGGAGACGAUAUUCUGCUAUGCUGUUUGGGCUGCCAUAUGUGAUAUGCUGGGCAAUUAUAUCAAUGACAACAUCGAUUAAUCUCGUCAUGUUCGCGAUUGGGUUUGCUGGCUUAGGCGCAGGUGGGCAAGCCAUAUCGACCGUCUACAUAUCCGAGAUAUCGGAAGACUCUAUAAGGGGUGCCCUCACAUCUUCAACCGUGUCCGCGUAUUUCAUAGGCCUCCUACUCUCGUACCUUCUAGGAGGGCAACUGGCAUAUCAGCAUGUUUUAUAUGUGCACUUGGCAAUGUCUGUGCUGUAUAUUCUUCUGCUUAUGCUGUUAAAGGAGUCUCCAGUGUUUCUGAUCCAGCAAGGGAAAGAAAAGGAAGCUGCCGAAUCCAUAGCCUUUUAUAGACGCGUGGGAGUUGAGUCAAAGGAAGUUGAAAUAGAAAUAAAUAAAAUAAAAAUGCAGCUUGAUCCCCGAUUUGAGCUGAUGCUUCAAUCUAACGAAGAUCCUAAUGCAGUGAAGCACUUGCUAGAAAAGCCAAUGGAAAAUGCUAAGAAGGAGCCAUCUUGGAAAUUUUUAAUGAAAUCUGAAUCAUCCAAGGGAGCUCUCUUCGCUGUCCUCUUUUGUAUGGGAAUAAACAUCUUGAUGGGUCCUAUAGUGCUGCAAGUAUAUGCUGAGCCACUCUUCAAGGAGGCUGUACCGACGAUGCACCCUAAUCUAUGCUCUAUACUAUUGGCUGUAGAUUAUCUAGCUGCUGCGUUAGUCUGCGCCUUUGUCAUAGACAAGUUUGGGAGGAAGAGUCUGAUGACAGUCACAUCAGUAGCAUCAGGUUUCUUCAACAUCCUCUUGGGAAGUCAGCUGCAGUUCCACUGGGCUCCUCAUUGGUUCACGGCAUUUGUGAUAUACGCUUAUAGCUUCGUUUUUAACCUUGGAGCUGCUGUCGUACCCUUCGUUUUAACAGCAGAAGUGUUUUUGCCAGAGGUCCGAGGUAUAUGCAGCAGCCUGUCUAUGAUAUGUAUGUGGGUUAUGAAUUUCGUCACCCUCAUAAUUUUCAAUCCACUGGUGGAUCAGCUAGGCCUGGGUCCAACGUUUUAUUUCUUUUCAAUAAUUUGCUUCAUUGGAGGUACAUAUAGCCACCUGUGGCUUCCAGAGACGAAAGGAUUGUCUGCUGACCAGAUACAGCCUUUGUUUAUGAAGAAGAAGACCAGAAAUACAUUAGGUUAA